UCAUCAGUCCAAACAAGCCGCGCCUAAGCAUGUGUUGCCGACCCACCCGGUUAUGGAGCAACUUUCUGGCGUUCAAUAUUGUGUCAACAGUUCACCACCAUGGAAGGAAGCAGUGUUAUUGGGGUUCCAGCAUUAUAUAUUGACUCUCGGUACCGCUGUCUUGAUACCAACGAUAACAGUUUCUCAAAUGGGAGGUGACAAUGUAGAGAAAGCCAAGGCGAUCCAAACAUUACUUUUUCUUUCAGGAAUCAACACGUUAACUCAAACCACGUUUGGUACUCGGUUACCAUCCGUUGUUGGUGGUUCACAUUCAUUUUUAGUCCCUGUUAUGUCCAUUAUUCGAGCAAAAAGAUAUAAUGCAUUCCAGGAAUCUCAUGAGAGGUUUGCACAAACAAUGAGAGGCGUCCAGGGUGCCCUUAUACUAGCCUCCGUUUUCCAGACGAUCCUUGGAUUCCUUGGCUUAUGGAGAAACAUCGUCAGGUAUCUUAGCCCGCUUUCAAUUGUUCCUCUUGUUACUUUUACCGGAUUUGGGUUAUAUUAUCUUGCCUUUCCCAUGCUGGGAAAAUGUGUGGCAAUCGGGCUUGCAGAACUGGUGUUGAUAGUCCUCAUCUCACAGUAUCUUCCUCUGUAUAUAACCUCCAAGAAGACAAUAUUUGAGCGGUAUGCAGUGUUGUUAUCAGUUACAGUUUCAUGGAUUUGUGCUGGAAUUUUUACAUGGAGUGGCGCUUAUGGAAAAUCUACAGAAGCUUUAACAGCUUGUCGUACCAAUACUUCUGGACUUACACAUGAAGCUCCCUGGAUAUAUAUUCCUUAUCCAUUUCAAUGGGGUACUCCCACUUUUGAUGCUGGAGAAGUAUUCGUGAUGAUGGUUGCUUCUUUCGUUUCUUCCAUUGAGUCCACGGGCUCAUUUCUGGCAACAGCAAGAUACGGGAGUGCCACUCCUGUGCCACCUUGUAUUUUGAACCGUGGUAUCUGCUGGCUGGGUUUCGCGAAUUUCCUUGGCAGCAUGUGUGGUACCGUAACUGGAUUCUCGGCAUCCAUUGAAAGUUGUGGCGCACUGGCUUUUACAAAAGUUGGAAGUCGACUUGUGAUUCAAAUAUCAGCUGCUUUCAUGAUCUUCUUCUCUGUCUUUGGUAAAUUCGGAGCUGUUUUUGCCUCCAUACCUCUGCCAAUCACCGCAGCUUUAUAUUGCAUCUUUUUCGGUUCUGUCUCUUCUGUAGGACUAAGUCACUUGCAGUUCUGUAACCUCAACAGUUUCAGGACUAAAAUCAUAUUGGGCUUUUCUUUCUCUGUUGGACUUUCUGUUUCGCAGUUCUUCCGAGAACAUUGGGCCGCCGCCAACCACAGUCCGCUGCACACACAUUCAAGUUGGUUUAACAACAUGGUAUCCGUGCUAUUGAUGUCACACGCAAGUGUGGCAGUGAUGAUCGCAAUGGUGUUGGACUGCACACUUGGUCGGAUUAACGACGAGAAUGGCAAAGAUUGGUGGGACAAGUUUACGGAUUAUGGUAAAGACAUUCGGACGGAUGAGUUUUAUAGACUUCCCUGGAAACUCAACAAGUUAUUCCCAGCUUUUUAGCAAGUUUGCUAAAUAUGUGUUUCGGUUUUAGUAUUUCAUGGAUUUUGCAACUGAUGAAAUGUAGAAGAAAUUUUUUCUUUGUUUUCCAUC